AAGACAGUGAAACCGAGGCUCAGAUGGAGGAAACCUGCGCUCCCACAGCGGACUCUGUCUCCUCCUCCUCCCCGCGGUGCAUCGCCGCAGACGGACGCUGCUCCUCAAAGUUUCCCGCAGAAGAAGUUCGCUGUUUGUUCUCGUUAGUGCGACAGUUCGGUCCCUGAACGUUUAAAACUUAUCCACACAUCAUGGGGUGAGUCUGACAUGUGAGGAGGAGGAUGCUGAUCCGGUGAGGAAGGAGUGACCCAACUCACAGGUAACCAUGGUGAAGGAGAGUCUGCCCAGCUGGGUCCACCAGGACUCUGACGAGGGUCUCGUCCAUGUGAACGUCGGAGGUCUGAAGAGAAGCCUCUGUUCCAGCACGCUGAAGAAAUUCCCGGACACCAGACUGGGAAAACUGCUGGCGUGUGAUUCAGAGGAAGAUAUUCUGCAGGUGUGUGAUGACUACGACGUGCAACAGAAGGAGUUUUAUUUUGAUAGGAACCCCGGCCUGUUCCCUUACGUCCUCCACUUCUAUCAGACCGGCAAACUUCACAUCAUGGAGGAGCUGUGUGUCUUCUCCUUCAGUCAGGAGAUUGAGUACUGGGGCAUCAAUGAGUUCUUCCUGGACAGUUGCUGUAGUUACCGUUACCACGACCGCAAGCUGGAGAGCAGCCGGCAUCGCAGCUGGGACGACGAGAGCGACGUCAGCAGCAUAGACACGUCAGUGGACGAGAUAUCCGAGUUAACCAGAGACAUGCAGCAUUUCCAGGAGGUGCGUUAUGGGAACAUCAGGAAGUGUCUGUGGCUGACGCUGGAGAACCCGGGAUACUCGAUUCCCAGCAAGCUCUUCAGUCUGGUCUCCAUCGGGGUGGUGCUCACAUCCAUCGCCACCAUGUGUAUUAACAGCAUCCCAGAGUAUCAGACUUUUGACAGUGAAGGGAAUUUGAUGGAGGACGCGACCAUGCAGGCUCUGGAGGUGUUCUGCACCUGCUGGUUCACCUUCGAGGUGGUGACGCGGCUGCUGCUCGCACCGAACAGGAAGAAGUUCUUUCAUCACCCUCUGAACAUUAUCGACAUGGUGUCUGUGGCUCCCAUCUACAUCACCCUGCUCUUUGACUUGACUGUGGGAUCAGAGUCUGAACUGGGAGACCUGGGACGGCUUAUACAGGUGUUCAGGUUAAUGAGGAUCUUCAGAGUUUUGAAGUUGGCCCGACACUCGACUGGACUGCGGUCGCUGGGAGCGACACUUCGGCACAGUUACCGCGAGGUCGGCAUCCUGCUGCUGUACCUGGCUGUCGGAGUGUCUGUCUUCUCUGGUAUCGCUUACACGGCUGAAUAUGAGGAGGACGUGGGUUUUGACACCAUCCCGGCCUGCUGGUGGUGGGGGACGGUGAGCAUGACCACGGUGGGCUACGGGGACGUGGUGCCUGUCACGGUGGCUGGGAAGCUGGCGGCGAGCGGCUGCAUUCUGGGUGGCACCCUGGUGGUGGCGCUGCCCAUCACCAUCAUCUUCAACAAGUUCUCCCACUUCUACCGGCGACAGAAAGCUCUGGAGGCGUCGGUCAGGAACAACAACCGCAGGAAGAUGAGACUGAGCUGCGAGAAGGAGCCACAGGAGGAGGAGGAGGACGAGGACGAGGGAUCGGACGGGGACAGCAGGUGUCUAGACGAUGACGAUAUUGAUGACAUCGAGGAGGACGAUAUAGAUUACGAGGAUGAAGGAGGUGUAAUCAAUUAUAGCUACGUGGAACAUCCGUCGUACACGUCAAUACUGAGGAGGAAGGAGCUGCAUCAGCUGUGAGGAGGAAGUCAACCUCGAGACUCAGACCUGAUCACAUCUUUUCAGUUCUCAUUGGAACUACGCUGACACUGACUGACACUAACAUCAAAAACAACUUGAACCAACAGUGAACACAAUAACUGAAGAAAGCAGCAGUUUGUGUUCUAAACAUUAAAGUUAGAGGAGCAUAUUGUGAUUGACAGACGUCUCACACACAGUUGGGAGGUGGGCUAUACAUUUGGCUCUUCCAGGACAGAUUGUACUGUAGUUUGGUCUCAUUCAUUUGUGCAUGUGGGGGUGUAUGGAGGUUUGUUCAUACUGAUACUGGGUCUGUUUCUGUGUUAAAAACAUGAAUGUGAAGAAUCACAGAAGGUCAAAGUGAACUAGCAUGCACGCAUAUGAAGUUAGCUAAAUAAAGAAAUAUCGUGAAAAA